AUGGCGGCAACGAUUACAGCGAAUGGAAAUCUUGUUGAGGCCAAAGAUGAUGGUGAAAUCGAUGACAGGGUUAUCGAUGUCGAUGUUCCUGUUGAUGAUCAGGAACGAUGUCGUGUUGGUGUUCAUGUUGACGGUGUACCUUCGUCUUCGUCUUUGCCUUCCCUUCGUACUCUGCCUAACAAUAACGAAAAAGUAGUAGAAAAUAAUAUUAUGUCUUCAUGCUCGGCGAAAACAAUUACAAAGAACGGGAAUCUUGUUGAGGCCAAAGAUAAGGGUGAAAUCAACGACUUGUUGAUGGAUGUUGAUGGCCCUGUUGUUGAUCAGGGACGAUGUCGUGCUGAUGUUAAUGUUGGCGGUCUACCUUCAUCUGUGCCUUCUACUCGCACUCUGUCUCGCAAUCACGAAAAAGUAGAAGUUAAUAUUAUUUCUUCAUGUAGUAAUGUCGUACGUAGCUCGAAGGAACUAGUGGCUGAAGAGAACAAAAACCAGGAACCAAAAGAGGAACGAUAUGCUUCCAUUAAUCGUGAUCGGGGUGAAGAACAGAAUAGGUUUUGUGAAUAUGAAGCAGAGGGGAAGGAGGGUGUUCAGAAGAACAGUGGUAAGAAAAGAGUUCGGGAAGAUGACAACAAGAACACUGAUACGGCUAUUAAAUCCCCAGAGAAGAAGAAUAAACCACUUCACAAGUUGUGUGUUUCUACAAAAGAAGAAAGGAAGAUGACGAAUGGUGUUGUGAAGUCAAGUGAUGAUGAUAACAAGUCCCCAGAAGAAACAGAAGAAGUUAUGGUUGAUGCUCAAACUGUUCCUCCUAGUCCUGAUGGAGAGGGGAACGCUACCAAUGAAGUAACAAACAAAAACAAAGAGGACAAUAAAGAGAGUGGGAGAUCUGAAAGAAGUACUAGGAACAAUGAUAUUAAUUAUGCUCAGAUUUUUAAUUAUGAUCCUCUUGAAGAGGAUGCACGGAAGAAGAAACACCUGCAAUCGGUUUCAAAGAAAGAAAAGAUGAGUGUAGAGAAACAAUACAAGAGAAUACAGAAGAAACACCAGCUGUCUUCUUCUAGGAAAGAAAGUACGAGUGAAGGGGAACAAGAUAAGAGAAACCAGAUGAAACAACAGUCCAAGAAAGAAAAGAUGGAUGAAGAGCAACAUGAUAAGAGAAUCCAGAAGAAACAACAGCUUCCUUCUUCUAAGAAAGAAAAGAUGGAUGAAGAGGAAAAAGAUAAGAGAAUCCAGAAGAAACAACAGCUUCCUAGAUCUAAGAUAGAAAAGAUGGAUGAAGAGGAAAAAGAUAAGAGAAUCCAGAGGAAACAACAGCUUCCUGCUUCUAAGAAAGAAAAGAUGGAUGAAGAGGAAAAAGAUAAGAGAAUCCAGAAGAAACAACAGCUUCCUACAUCUAAGAUAGAAAAGAUGGAUGAAGAGGAAAAAGAUAAGAGAAUCCAGAGGAAACAACAGCUUCCUGCUUCUAAGAAAGAAAAGAUGGAUGAAGAGGAAAAAGAUAAGAGAAUCCAGAAGAAACAACAGCUUCCUAGAUCUAAGAUAGAAAAGAUGGAUGAAGAGGAAAAAGAUAGGAGAAUCCAGAGGAAACAACAGCUUUCUGCUUCUAAGAAAGAAAAGAUGGAUGAAGAGGAAAAAGAUAAGAGAAUCCAGAAGAAACAACAGCUUCCUACAUCUAAGAUAGAAAAGAUGGAUGAAGAGGAAAAAGAUAAGAGAAUCCAGAGGAAACAACAGCUUCCUGCUUCUAAGAAAGAAAAGAUGGAUGAAGAGGAACAAAAUAAGAGAAUCCAGAGGAAACAACUUCCUGCUUCUAAGAUAGAAAAGAUGGAUGAAGAGAAACGUGAUAAAAAAAUCCAGAAGAAACAACAGCUUCUUGCUCGGACGAAACAACCGCAGUUGACUCCAAAGAAAGAAAAGAUUGGUGAAGAGGAACAAGAUAAGAGAAGCCAGAAAGCUUCCAGCUCAAGCAGGAAAGAAGAUGACCCAAAGCCAAAGCUGUAUGCCAAGAAUUGGGGUCUAGAUGAAAAUGGAAAACGAGUUAAGGUAGUGUCAGACAUGUGCCAUCAGUGCCAAAGAAAUGACAAGGGCCGAGUUGUUCGAUGCCAAAAAUGUACUACAAAACGUUACUGUGUGCCUUGCAUGACCACAUGGUACCCUAACAUGACAGAGAAGAUGUUUGCUGAGCGUUGUCCUGUUUGCUGUGACAAUUGCAACUGUAAACGUUGUUUGCGUGAUGUGCACCCUAAAGUCAAAGAGAAGAUCAAUUUCAAACCUAAUAACAAUCAGAAAGUUCGGUAUUCUGUUUAUAUCCUACAUGUGCUUUUUCCAUUCUUGAAGCGUCUCAAUAAGGAGUUCAUGAAGGAGAGAGCAAUGGAGUCUAAGAUUCAAGGGUGUUCUUUGUCAGAGGUACAUUUGAAGAAGGCAAAGUGCAGUCCAGAUGAGCGCAUGUACUGUGACUGCUGUAAAACAUCAAUUUUUGACUUGCAUAGAAGCUGCCCUUCUUGUCAAUAUGAUCUUUGCCUUCAAUGUUGCUGGGAAUUGCGAGAUGGCAACCUUCAAGGAAACAAGGAAAAAGUUAUCAUUGAAUUUAAAGAUCCAGGUUAUGAUUACUUGCAUGGGGGGAAGGAUACGUAUGACACACGUAAGCAAAACAGGGAAACAAGGAACACAGCCUGUUUUGUUGAGAAGGCUGCACCAAAGGAAAAGCAAACUCAUGAAUGGAAGUGUCUGGAUGAUGGCAGAAUUCCUUGUCCUCCAGAAACUAUGGGUGGUUGUGGUCGUGGGAUUUUAGAGUUGAUGUGCAUAAAGCCACUUGACAAUGUUUCAAAGUUGUUGGAGAAAGCACAAAAACUCUUAAAGAUGCACAAACUGAAGGAAGAUAUGCGUGAGAUGCCUGAGGAAUGGUGCUCUUGUUCAGAUUUCAUGAACAAAAGCGAUGGUCAGUUACGAAAAGCUGCUUCCCGUGAAAAUUCUAGAGACAAUUACUUGUAUUGUCCACGUGCAAUAGACAUUCAACAUGGAGAUUUGAAGCAUUUCCAGUGGCAUUGGUCAAAAGGGGAGCCUGUGAUUGUCAGUAAUGUUCUAGAAACUACACUUGGGUUGAGCUGGGAACCCAUGGUUAUGUGGCGUGCUUUUCGCCAGAUGACAAAUACCAAACAUGAUAAGCUCUUGGAUGUGUCUGCUCUCAAUUGUUUAGAUUGGUGUGAGGUUGAUAUAAAUGUUCAUCACUUUUUCAUUUCGUAUACAGAAGGUCAAUACGAUUCCAAAGGGUGGCCACAGAUCCUAAAGCUGAAAGAUUGGCCUCCAUCAAGUUUAUUUGAAGAACGGUUGCCACGUCAUGGUGUUGAGUUUAUCACUUGCUUACCCUUUAAAGAGUACACACAUCCGCGUGAUGGAUACCUUAAUCUUGCAGUCAAGUUGCCUCCAAAAUCUUGUAAGCCAGACAUGGGCCCUAAAACUUAUAUAGCUUAUGGUGUUUCUGAAGAAUUGGGACGUGGAGACUCUGUAACUAAACUUCAUUGUGACAUGUCUGAUGCGGUGAAUGUGUUGACACAUACUGCAACUGUGACCCCCACACCUGAACAUCGCGAAAAGAUAAAUAAAUUGAAACAGCAACACAAAGCUCAGGAUCAGAGGGAACUUUUUGGAUGGGUAGGGAAGGAUAUAACUUCCCAAAAAGGGACACUGGGUAAUGAUUGUCUUGAAUCUAAAGUUGAAAGAAAAGUUGAAAGAAAAUUGUGUGAUGACAAUGUUGAAGAAACAAGGGACCAUGUUUACACUAGACGCAAGUUUAAAAGUGUGAAUGGAACAGGUCCUUGUUAUGUAACAACCAACUGUGAUCAAUCAAGUGAUUCUGACAGUGAUAGAAAAGUUAGGAGGAGAAAGACUUCCAUUAAAAAAGUUGAGGGACAAAAUGGAAAUAAAGGAUCUAAAAGGAAGGGCAGGAAACAAGUGAUAUCUUCUGAUAGUGAAGAAGGUGAUAACCAGGUUGAUAUAUCAGGUAGAUGUGUGGAUGGAUUUGAUUUGGGAGAUGGAGGUGCUUUAUGGGACAUAUUUAGGAGAGAAGAUUCGCCUAAACUGGAGAAAUAUCUCAAAAAACACUUUAAAGAGUUUAGGCAUAUCUUUUGUCGCCCAGUGGAGCAGGUUAUACACCCGAUUCAUGAUCAAACAUUUUACUUAACAAUGGAGCAUAAAAGGAAGCUUAAGGAAGAGUUUGGAAUUGAACCAUGGACUUUUGUCCAAAAGCUUGGAGAUGCUGUUUUUAUACCUGCUGGAUGUGCUCAUCAAGUUAGAAAUUUGAAGAUCAUCCUUGAAUAUCCUCGGCUUCUCGCUUUUGAAUUCAAUCAUUGAACACUGAACCAGCAUCGAAGGCUCGACUUUAGCUGUUACAAGUUGGUUUGUUUGACUAUAUUGUGGAAUCCGAAACUGCCUUGGGAACUUCUGCAACAAUUCAUCAACUAUCAUGGUUAGGUGAUUGUCUUUGGUGUAACCACUACAAGAUCUUAAGCGGCAUAAAACUUGACAAUUGUUGAGGUGAACUCAUAAAAACAAGCUAUUUAACGAGAACAAAUGGGGACUUUGCAAGAAUGGUUCAAACAACAAUCUAAAGGGAGAUUAAGAUGGGAUGCUAUCCAAAUUAGUUCGGUUAUCAUCUCAAAGCAAGCUACCCUCAACACUAAGGGGAUGUUUGGUAACCUCUGAAUGGAACCAUCCUUUGAAUCGGUCAACAUUCGGUGCAUUUGCGAUUGGUUGAAUCAAAAACCUUGGAAGUCAGGAUUCGGUGCGUUUGCGUUUGGUUCAGCCUAUGAACUGCCUUUGAAUGGACUUGCACUUGGGAAGGGUGAUUGGCAAUGCUAAAGUCUGGAAAUUUCUUGUGUUUGGAGAUAGAAUUUAUGGAAAAGCUCUGAGGGACUUGAUUAGUGCAAUUAGCACUUCCAACCAAAAUAAAGAUGAGAUUCAUCUUUGGCAACUCAAUUAGUGCAAUUUGCAACUUCAUGCCCCAUUUAACCAUACAAAAGAUCCCAUCCAUUCAAAGUGAUUCAUAGCGAUGUGGGUUAUCUUUUAGGGAGGAGGGAGUCAUUCCCUUCCAACCCGUUGAACCCACUGCCAAAUCAGUUUCUCUUUCUCUUUCAUUUUUCUUCAUCUUUUCCAACCCACGACAUGCGGAAAUCCUAUCUUUUUCAACCCAUUCAAUUAUAAAAAAAAAUACAAAACAAUCAAGGUAAAAUCUUAAUUAGCAAUAGAGUUACUGCCGGUACCACUCCCUCUUUAGCAGGUUGUUUAAUUGGUUUCAUUAAGCCACUUCAUCCUCUCUCUACUUUCUCUCGCAUUUUCUCUUGUACCAUGUGUUUUAAAAUUUGUACCUUAGUUGUUUUGUAUUUUUUUUAAUUGAGUGGGUUGAGAAAGAUAGGAUUUCUAUGUGUUGUGGGUUGGGAAAGAUAAAGAAAAAGAAGAGACAAAAAUUAAUGUGAAAGUGGGUUCAGUGGGUUGGGAGGGAAUGACUCUCUCCUCCCUUAUAAAAGAUCAUUUCAUGGUCUAGAUGGUUUGUUACCUUGAUAACCAACAUGCUUUCUUUCCCAAAGUGGUUUUCUAGCCGUCUGUUCUAUAAGUUUUUUAAGCAUUUUCCUUUUGAAAUGGU